AUGUCGGCCUCAAAUUGCGUGGGCAUCACCUGGGCCGAUUUCCCCUUCAAUCCCCUGGCAGGAGCGAUCGCCUGUGGGAUUCCGAUGCCCAUGUUUGCCGUCUUCUGCGAGUCUUUCUCGGAUUUGUGUAGUGGGGGCGGCGGCGGGGGCGGGGGGCGUGAGGAUCUGGUUCCUGGUGCUGGGUCACCAUACAGUUCUCCGCCGAAACGCUACGGCCGCUGCAUCUCACGCCCCUGCACACCCCCGCCCCCCUGCACACCACCGCCCCUGCACACCUGCCCACACCCCCCCUGCCACACCACCACCCGCAACCCCCUGCCCCUGAACACCCCCGCCCCUGCACAUCCCUGCCCCACCCCCCCGCCCCUGCACACCACCCCCGCCCGCUGCACACACCCCUGCACACCCCCGCCCCCUGCACCCCCUGCCCCUGCACAUCCCUGCCCUGAUCCCCGCCCCUGCACACCCCCCUGCAACCCACUGCACACCCCCGCCCCUGCACCCCCCCGCCCCUGCACACCCCCUGCACCUCUGCCACCCCCGCCCGCUGCACCCACCGCAAAACACCCCCUGCCCCUGCACACCCGCGCCUGCCACAUGCCCCUGCACACCCCCGCCCCUGCACACACCCGCCCUGCAUACCCCCGCGCCCCUGCACACCCCCGCCCCUGCACACCACCGCCCUGCACACCCCCGCCCCUGAUGGCCCUGCACCCCGCCCCCUGCACACCCUCCCCUGCACACCCCCGCCCCUGCACCGCCCCUGCACACACCGCCCUGCCAACACCCCGCCCCUGCACACCCCCGCCCCUGCACACCCCGCCCUGCACAACCACCGCCCCUGCACACCCCCCACACCAACCCCCAGCCCUGCACACCCCCGCCCCUGCACACCCCGCCCCUGCACACCACCGCCCCUGCACACCCCCGCCCCUGCACACCACCGCCCCUGCACACCCCCUGGCCCUCUGCACUGACACACUGCCCUGA